AUGGUCAAAUUCAAUGUUUUAAUGGGAAAACAUUUAAAUGUAGUUGGUGUCCUUCAAGAAGACCUCAGCCUAUUGGGAGCUGUUUGUCAAAACCAUGGAAAAGGAAGAAGACUGGACAGGGUGGAGGAGAUGCUCCUAUGUGAGAGGGAGCUUUAUGACAACUAUGCUAGGUUGGAGCCCCUACAAGUCUUUUUAAAUCUCACCUUUGAUAAGGUUUGUAUUGACUAUUAUAGCCUGAGGAAAUAUAAGAUAUGUGUGAAAGGUUCCAUACAUGUACAUGUGCUCAAAGAGAGACUUAAAAAUUUAAUUUGUAACAUGUUUCAGACAACAUCAGUUGAGCUGUAUUACUGGACGGCAUGUAUGGAGAGUGGGAGUGGCAGAAGAGUGAUAUCAAAGUUUGGCCUAAACAGCCAUGAAAGUGAGUUUUUUUUUCUAGCACCAACCUCUACCAGGCCAGUCCUGAUGGGAUGUUUUUCAG